AUGAAAUUAUUCCUUCUUUCAAUCAUCCUCGCAAUUAUUAUUGCUUUCGUUGCUGCUACACCAGAAUGUUCAUUCACAUGUGAUGAUGGUGUCAAAGUAUUUAUUCCAAAUAUCAAUGAUGUUGAAACCUGUAAAAUGGCUGUAGAGUUAUUAGAGUGUCCAGCUAGAAGACCAAUGCCUAUUGGACAGUGUAUUCCAUGGUGUCCAACUUGUCACAAGUGCCAUUAUGGAUUGGAGAUCACAAAUUACUCUUUUAUCGAAAACUAA